AUGGCGACCGUGGAGAAAGAUAGCUCUCUCCGGACGGCUUUGAUCGCCUACGGCUCAGAGACAGGCAACUCUCAGGAUGUGGCAGAGGAGAUCGGCCGUUUGACGGAGCGGCUUCACUUCAGGACCAAAGUAGCUGAGCUCGAUGCCUUGCAGCCCAAAGAGCUAUACGGUUACCAGUUUACUGUCUUUGUAGUGCCGACUACCGGACAGGGAGAUUUCCCUGCCAACGGACGCAAGUUCUGGAGAUCGCUGCUCCUCAAAAGACUGCCUCCAACCUUCUUACAAGGGAUCAGUUUUGUUCUCUUUGGGCUGGGAGAUAGUUCAUAUCCAAAGUUCAACUGGGCAUCCCGGAAGCUGUAUAGACGGCUACUACAGUUAGGGGCAAGCGAGUUAUAUCCGCGCGGAGAAGCAGAUGAACAGCAUCCAGAAGGACUUGAAGGGACGUUUUUGCCCUGGUCUCUGGACCUGCUGAAGCAUUUGCUGGAUAAGUUUCCGCUGAAGGACGGGCAACAUCCUAUCCCAGAUGGUGUCCGUCUACCACCUAAAUGGAUCCUCGAUGAUUAUGACCUGAAAGAAGAAGAUCGGGUAAUUAGAGUGAAGCAGCCAUUCAAGGCUCAGGAGCCCGACUCUUUAGACCAUGAUACCCGGCCACUUCCUGGGUCAAUCUCAGCAACACUUACAGUGAACACUCGAAUGACACCAUCGAGCCACUGGCAGGAUGUUCGACACCUAGUUCUAACUGCCUCGGAGUCUAUAAAUUAUGCUCCAGGGGAUAUACUACACAUCACUCCUCGGAAUUUCCCCCAGGACGUAGACAGGCUUAUAGCACUGAUGGGCUGGGGAGAACAAGCCGAUAUGCCUCUACAGUUUGUCACUGGUGACGGCUCUUCGGCAUCAGCCUCUGUCUCCGCACCAUCCAUCCCAUUCUUACUUGGCGUACCUGGUUUCACCCUUCGCGCACUCCUCACAGACUAUCUAGAUAUCAUGGCCAUUCCUAGACGGUCAUUCUUUAGCCAGAUUGCACAUUUCACGAAAGACGAGAUGCAUAAAGAGCGACUUUUAGAGUUCACGAAUCCAGAGUACAUAGAUGAGUUCUACGACUAUACCACUCGCCCGAGGCGAAGUAUCCUGGAGAUCCUGGCUGAGUUCGAUACCGUCAAGAUUCCAUGGCAGUCAGCGUGCUCCGUACUUCCCGUACUUCGAGGCAGACAGUUCAGUCUUGCGAGCGGUGGGAAGCUAAAGUCAUCGACAGAUGGGGGUACACGUUUUGAGCUGCUAGUUGCAAUUGUCAAGUACCAGACAGUGAUAAAGAGGAUACGCCAAGGAGUUUGCACACGGUAUCUAGCCGCCCUGCAGCCUGGAAGCACGUUGAAGGUGCAAGUGCAAAAGGGAGGACUCUAUUCAUCAGUAAAACAGCUCUCUGACCCGUCUGUGCUGAUUGGCCCGGGAACAGGCGUUGCUCCAAUACGGUCCCUGCUCUGGGAAAAAGCAGCGAUGGCUGAGGAAUUGAAAAAGAAACAUGGUCCGGAUGAGGAGCCUUAUCCCCUUGGGCCAGUGAUACUGCUGUACGGUGGACGUAACAAGGCAGCAGAUUACUUCUUUGAAGGUGAAUGGGAAGAACUCAAGGCCCAACUCAAUCUGACGGUGAUCACGGCCUUUUCACGAGACCAGAAGAAAAAGUACUAUGUCCAGGAUGCACUGCGGGAGAACUCCCCGGUCUUCUACGACCUGCUGCACGAGAAGGGAGGCUCAGUGUUUGUAUGUGGCUCGUCUGGCCGGAUGCCCCAAGCUGUUCGUGAGGCACUGAUAGAGACUUUCCAGGCUCCGCUGGGCGAUUCGGCGGAGAGCAGACAGGCGGCAGAGAAAUAUUUGAUAGACAUGGAGAAGGUUGGGCGAUAUAAGCAGGAAACAUGGUAG